UGCCGAACAUUCUUUUGACGAAGCAAAUAAAUUAAAGGUUUGCAAUUUUCAUUUUAUUUAUUCAAUAAAUAAAAAAAAAUAGUUACAAAUGUUUCAAAAAUAUGGAAUUGGGUAAAAAAUCACAAAAAGUGUGUAAAAAGUUAAGAAAAAUAAAGCCAGAACCUCCUGAAAAAAAAAUUAAAACUGACACUCCUUGCAAAAGGGUAGACGCUAGAUGUCUUGUAUUAAAAAAAAAAAUUAAUUGUGAUAAAAAUAAACUUAAUCAAAUUGAGAAAAAAAAUAUUGAUAAAAACAAGAAUUUUAAUAAUUUAGAUCAUAUAAAAAAAGAGAAAGUAAAUAUUAAAAAAUUAAAUAAAAAUUACAGUUCAUUAACCGAAAGCAAAAAGGAAGAAACUUGUGAUGACAAAAUGACCAAAGUGGCAGCACCAGUAGUCAAAAUGGUAGAACCACUAUUUGAGUUGAUUGAUUUUGAAGAAGAGAUUAAAGUGGAAAAAAUUUCUAAGGAAGAAUGUAAAACCCCCGAAGUUGAAUUGAAAAAUUACUCGGAUGAAGAAAUAAAAAUUGAAAAAAAUAUAAUUAGGAAAAUAUCAAGAAAGAAAAAACUUUUAGUAAAGGACAUUUUAAAUAUAGUAGCCUCAGAAACAUAUUCAUAUUCAAACUCUAAUGAUUCCCAUUCGAGUGAAAAUUCAAAUAAAUCUUCAAAAUCAGAUGCGUGUAUUUUACCUAGACGAAACCCAAGUAGAAGAAUUUCUCUUAGAGAUGAAGUAGCCACAAAAUUGAUUUCUGAAAAAGUAAAUGUUAAAAAAGAGGUUAAAAAAAGUUUUCCUACAAACAGGAACACGAGAAAGGUUCGUGGUCGAAAAACACAAAAAAGUUUGAACUCAUUAACGAACGAGAGCUCUUUAAAUUUAGAAAAAGACAUUUCUAAAAUUGAAAAAAGUACAUCUAUUACCUUAUCACACGUGCCUACAGAAAACCAAGAGAAUGAGGUUUCAACUUCUGAAGAAAGUAUAAAUAAUGACAAACCUAUCGAAAUUCCAAAACCUACCACAUUGCUAACUGACAAUUCAAGUGAAAGCGGUGUUUCAAACAAAAAUAAUGAGCCAGUUAUACAAGAAAUACUUCAAGGAAAAGCAUCUGAAAAAUGCGAAAAUGAAAGUAAUAAAACAUGUAACAUUCAACAAGUCAACGACUUAGAGCCAUUAAUUUGUACUGAAAAAGAAAAUUCAAUCAAUAUGUCCCAGGAAAUUUCAAGUAAUAUUCCCAUGCCAUUAUUACCAGAAGAGCAGAACAACGUAGUUCAAGAGGCGGAAUCUAAAAGUCCAAUGCAUGAAACACAAAAUCAUAUUCACGAAGAAAACUUAGAAAAAGACAUAAAUAUUUCCACAUCUAGUAUUGAGAAAAUUCCAGAUAAACAGUUAGAGGAAUAUACAGUAAAAGAUUGCAAUAUUGCAGAUACAAAGUCUGACAUUAAAAACACAAAUAUUACUGAUAUAAAAAUUGAAUCAAAAACUAUGGAUGGUCUAAACGAAACUAAUUCGGAUUCUGAAGAAAUUGAAAAUAAACACGAAAUUUCAAAGACCGACAUCAGCAUUUCAGAAACAAGUAUAGAGACCAAAAUAGAACUAACGACAAAUAUUAAGAUUGAAAAUGAAAUCGAUAUUCAAAAAACAGAUUUGGAUGAAACUAUGAACGAAAAAGAAAUUUUGUCAGAUGAAAAAUCUUUUACUGAAAACAAAAUUGAAAUUAACUCCAAUGAAGACGUAAAAGAAAAGAAAAUUUCCGAAGAGAAAGUAUUUUCUAGUGAUGAAAGUAAAACUAACGGUUUUGAUAAUUCGAAACAACGCUUUUUUAUAUUUGGGGAUGAAAUCGAAGAAGAAUGUUCUUCUUGUAAAAUAGGAAUGGAAACAAAAGAAAUUUCCAAGGUAAACGAGCAAAUUUGUGGUGAAAUCAUACAUAAAACGCAGGAGGAUUUUUCAAUUAAUUGUUAUAUGUGUUGGGAUGAAAAUAACUGGACCUUCAAAAAAUUCAAUGAUUUAAAACUUUUUUCAACACACCUCAACACAGAACAUACAAAUGAUGAAAUUAGUUUCCAAAACAAACGUGGUAACUCAUAUUCUUUAGAUUUUGUUAACGAAAAUUCUUGCGUGAUGCCGCAGUCUAUGUGGUUUGGAAUUUAUAAUGAAAUGAUUAUGUUUAAGUGCGGAUUUGCAAAAAUUGAUACAAAUGGUUACAUACUCUACUCGUGCUUAGAAUGCCAGCAUGCUUUUAAAAAUUUUAAUACUUUUACAAAGCAUAUUUUGGGAAGGGAAACUAAAGAACAAAAAAUUGGUGAACAUGAAGAAAACAUGAGCCCAAUAGUAUCCGACAAUAUGUCUGUAAGCUCAACAAAUAAAAGCGACAUAAAAGAUUGUGAAAAAGAAAAAUCAUACGUUAAAAAUCCGGCAUUAAUCGAAAGUUGUAAAGAAUUUGCAAAGGAAAUUGAAUGUAAUAAUAUUGAUAACGAAAAUAAUAAGGAAACUUCUCAAUUUAAAGAGAAAAAUGAAGAUAAUGCCGAUAAUAACCAAAAUUCUAUGCAAGAGCCCCAUAUUUUUUUACCGAAACCUAAAAGUAUUUUAGAAAGUAUUUUAGAAUCAGCAAAAGUAAAUAAAGAAAAUUCAGAUCAGGAAGAUAAAUCGCCAACUUUACUGCUCGAAAGCAUUGACCCAAAUGUAAAUAUUCCAACUGAAAAAAAAAUUGAAGAAAAUCUUCCUGAUUUGGUAUCUCAUGCUGAAAUUAAUAAAAAAUCUAGCAAUGAAGAACACGUUCCUGACACUUAUAAUUAUAAGCAAAUAACAACUGCACUUUUCGACAUUUUCAAAGAGGGUGAAGAAGAGCCAGCUAGUUCUAAGUUAAAUAAAAUUUUAUCAGUUGGAGAGAGUUAUCGCAGUAUCAAAGAAAAAGAAAAAAUGGAUUUAGAAGAAAGGGAAAAACAAAAAAUAUUAAGCUUAAGCAUUCAGAAAGAUACUAGACCUAGAAUUGAAGGAGCUAACAUUGUUACAAAACAUAUUCUUGAUUUAAAUGACAAACUAGCUCUUUUAACUUGUAAAUAUUGCAGUCGUCGUUACACUUGCUUAACAAAUCUUAGAGAACAUUUCCGAAUUCAUGUUGGUGAUCGAAUGGUUAUAUGUUAUAAGUGCAAGCGUGGUUUUUCAAAAAAAAGUAAUCUAGAAGAACAUAUAAACAUUUUUCAUCUCGAUUCUUCUGAUAAGAACAUCGACUUAGACGUUCUAGGCGACAAUCGGAAAGAAAUAGCAAAAAAUACUAAUAUAACAGUAAAUGAAAAUAAUCCAAAAGAAAAGGGUUUCAAAUGUAAAUAUUGUAUUCGUUUUCUGUCGAACCGCACAGUUUUAGAGGAUCACUUACGUCUUCAUUUUGGUGAAAAACCUUUAAAAUGUGAGAAAUGUGAUUUGCAAUUUUUAAAAAAGUCUAUUUUCGAUAAUCAUGUAAUGGAAGUGCAUGAACUACGAGAAAAUGACGGUCCCUUAGAAAAUUUUGAAGGUUCUUGUAACAAAGAAAAUAAUAAGGCAUUUUCAAAUAAAGCGAAAAACAAAUUUAAAUGUAAACAAUGUCCAGAAACAUUUCCAACAAAAGUAGGUUUAAUUGAACAUUUAAUUAUGAACCACAAUGAUGGCGAAUUCAAAUGCAGAUUUUGUGACCUAAGAUUCAGUUCGAAAAAGAAACGUUCCUAUCAUGAAAAAUUGCAUAAGGAUGGAGCAAAAUUUCAAUGUAACUUUUGCGAUCAAUGUUUUUCAAAUUUGUUUAGUUUAGAAACCCAUGAAAGUUCCCAUAAAAUCAAUGCAGACUUUAAAUGUAGAUUUUGUGAUCAUUAUUUUGCUUCUGAUAAAACAAGGAUUUUACAUGAGGAAAUGCAUGAAACCACUGGUAAAUCUAAUAACAAUAUGCAAAUUCAAACAGUUGAUAUAGCUACAAUAUUACAAAUGAAUAAUGAACAGGCUCCAAUAAAUUCAAAUGGAAAUGCAAAUGAUUCAAAUGGUACUUCUAGUGAUGCUACAGAUCGAUCGUCAAAUCAAAAUACUGCGUCAAAGAAUUUAAUGGUGAAGAAAAUUAUUAAAAAAAUUAAACGAGGUAAAAGAGAUCCUAAUUCCCCACUUGAUUGUCGCUACUGUAAAAAACAUUUUGAAAGUCCACAUCAGUUGUCAUAUCAUGAACGAUUACAUGAAAUAGGAAAAAAAUUUCAAUGUAACAUAUGUGAUAAAAUUUUGGCAACUUCGUAUGCUUUGGAAUUACACCUGACAGCACAUUUAAGAAAAAAAAAUUUUCCUAAAAAUAAUUUUAAUUUGAAAUACAAUGGUUCAAAUAUGUUAACAAACCAAUUAACAAUGCCCAUGAAGGUUGAUUUUAAACCCAAAAUAGAAAUUGUUUCUGAUGUUACUUUAGCCCCAACUGAAACUAUGGAAAUUUUAAACAACUUCUUCAAAAGAGAUUUGCCAGAAAUUACUGUUACUACAACAAGCGACGACGAAAGUUUUCAAAAAAUUGGUGUAAAUGAUAUCGAAAAAAAUUUGGCAGCACAUGUAUUACGUGAUACGGAUCCGUAUUACCAAUUGAUGGCUGACUUUAGCUAUCAAUACCAAAUGUAUCAAAUGCAAUCUGCGCUUAAAAUGGAGAAUAUGAACUUUGCCGAGAUAUCACCUAAUAACAUUACUUCUGGAGACAGCGAAAUAUUUGAUAGGCCAAAAAAGAGUAGAAAGAAAAAACUUACUAUUGAAAAAGUAGAAAGUACUAUUGAAACAAGCAAAACUAAUUUGUCUUCACCAAAUGAUCAAAACGAUUUGUAUAUAGAAAAUAAAAAUAUUGAAUUAGAAAAUCCGCCACAAGAAUUAUUGCAAAAUAAAAUGCAAUUAACUCAACAGGACAAUCUUAAUACUUCUAAAGAUCCUAUAAAGAAAAAGGACAAGAAAAAGCUUAUACCAGAUAAUAAUAAAUCGCUUACGAAUGUAUUUAUAAAAUGUGAAUAUUGCAAUAAAAAACUUAACAGUAGUGAUAAAAAAUUAUUGAGCCGUCACAGACGUUUGCAUAUCGCUGGUGAUACACACAAAUGUUCUUUUUGUAAUAAGUGUUUUGCAACCCUAUAUUAUCUAGAUAAGCACUUAAGAGUUCAUCAUUUAAAUAAGGUAAUACAAUACCAAUGCCCAUCAUGCGAUUCAGUUUAUGUACUGAAAGAAGCUUUGCGUAGACAUGAACAACGUGCUCAUAAGGAAAACAAUUCAAAUCCAAAAAUUGAAAGCAAAGAAAAGGAAAUUAAUAAGAUCGAUGACAACAUAAACAAAACUAGUGACAUCGACUCGUCUUGUUUGGAAAGUAACAUAAAUGAUAUUGGGGAUAAUCAAUUUAAAGAUCAGGAAUUUGCAAUUCCUGAAAUUCCUAAAAAAACAAAUAAAAGAUCAAGAAGUAAAGAACUUAAAUUAUUUGAUUGUGAUUUUUGUGAAAAAGCUUUUCCAACAUUUAGUUCAUUACAAACACAUAUUGAUAAAACACAUAAAAAGCAUGUUGAAAAUUUCGAAGAAAAUUACAGUUUUAAAUGCUCAUAUGAAAAUUGUAAAAAAAAAUUUGAUUGCCAAACAAAUUUGGACAAACAUUAUCGUUUACAUGAAUCUGGAUUUAAGUGUUCGAUUUGUAAUAAAAAAACAAUUUCACAAAUUUCACUAGAUAACCAUAUGAAAAGUCACGGUAUGCCAAUAUCAUUUGGGUGCAAAUUUUGCAAAUCGAAAUUUACAAUGCAAUUAACAAAAGAUAUUCAUGAAAGAAAAAAUCAUAAUAAAGGUUCAAUUUACGUUCAUCCUCGCUUAGUAAUUAAGAAAUUAGGAAUGUGCAAAAGAAAAACAUCAUAUCGUUGCUACAAUUGUAAAAAAUCGUUUUCUUCUUUAAUUUUAUUAAAAACUCACAAUAUGUACAAACAUCCUGUUUAUGAAUGCAACACAUGUCCAGCUAUAUUUUCUAAAAUAAAUGAUUUAGAGGAACAUGAAAAAAUUCAUUUGAAAACAUUACAAUGCAAUUUGUGUGAAAAGACAUUUGAAAACAAACAUACUUUAUAUAAACACCGACGACAGCAUGAAACAAAGUUCUUUAAAUGUAAUAUGUGCCCAGCAGAAUUCUCAUUUAGAGAUGAACUCAAUGAACAUAAAAAAAAUCACGAUGAAUCUGAAAGACCAUUUAAAUGUGUUGAAUUAGGUUGCGAUAAGGCUUUUGUUGUAGAAACAUUUUUAAAUACGCAUUUGAAAAAAAUUCAUGGAUAUUUCUUAUUUAAUUGUGACCGUUGUAAACGAGAAUUUUUAAAUGAAGAUCUUCUCACAGAACACAGGAAAGAGCAUGAUCUUUUACCAGUUGAUAAACAAUAUCGUUGCGAUCAAUGCUUCAAAGAUUUUUCAACACCUACAAUACUAAAAAUCCAUCAAAAAUUACAUCAAUCAUCUGUUGUAGCAGCUGCAGCUGAUUCCCAAACUCCAGAUCCUCAAAAAACUUCAAAACUUAAAUUGUAUACUUGCGAACAAUGUGAUAAACGUUUUUCGAUCGUUACUUAUCUUAAUAAUCAUUUAAAAAAAGUUCAUCAGGUAAAAUUAUUUGUAUGUGAACACUGCAAAAUGGAAUUUCGUAACGAAAAAGAUUUACAAGAACACAGUAAAGUUCAUUUAACGGGAAAAAAGUUUAUCCGAGUUGAAAAAACACAUUUAGACCGGCCUUUCAAGUGUGAACUUUGUGGUAAUUCUUACGCAAUAUUAGCAUAUUUGAACAAUCAUUUGAACAAGGCACAUGGCAAUGAAGAAACAUUAGAUGAACCGAAAAAGGAAGAUUUGAAAAACAAUCAUGCUAUGUCAAAUACUAAUGGAAACAGUGAUUCUUUUGAAGUUUCAAAAAUUGACAAUGCUGAUAUGAAAAUGAAAACGGAAAACGAAGUGGAAACAAAUACGACAGUAGGAAAUAACGAUUCAACGUUAUUCUUGAAUUCACAAAAUGCGAAAAAAAAUAACAGUAUCAAAUGCGAUCACUGCUAUCUGAGAUUUAUAAGCUCAAAAUAUUUAAAAGAACACUCAAAAAUGCAUUUGGAUCCAAAUGAUUCGUCUCGAAUUGAAAUGCUAGAAAGUGCUUUUAAUCCCCAAAGGUCAGAAAAAAUUUUAAAGCCGAUCAUAAAUAGUGGAAGAUCCAACAGCAAUAAUAACAAUACCAACAGUCAAUCUCAACAGCAAAAAAUAAAAGCAAAGAAAAUUUCUGUUCCUAAGAUAAAGAAAAAACCAAAGAAACAACCCAAGCUCAAAACUAAAGCAUACGAUGAAGAUUCUAGUAGUUCCGUGGAAUUGAUUGAAGUUUCUGAACCUCCAGAUAUUCCAGAGCAUAAUCUCAGUUACACUCAAAUAACAGAGGCUCUUACAUCAGCUUCGUCUGGUUUAACCGCUAUUCAACCUGUCGAGGUAAUAGAAAGCCCAAACGAUGAUGAUCAACAAAUGACAACAGAACUCACACCACUAACAACGCUUACAUCUCUAUCAAGUUUGACUCCUUUAACCCCCCUUCAACCAACAGCAGUUUUUCAUCACUCCAGUAAUGAUACAAGUGUUCUUCAGUCUCAGCAACAAUCGCAAUUGCAGGUAACGAACUCGGCGAUGGAAUUAACAUCUCUUGAACCAUCAACAAUAUCAGAAGCGACAAAAUUAUCCUUAACACUUUUGGAACCUUCGGCAUUAUGUGAGUUAACUGCUUUCACUGAACCAUCAGUAGUUCCUAUGCAUACUGCAAACUUAACUGAUCUUACUUCACCUUACGAUCAGUCAACUAGUAUCUUACACCAUGACCAUACAAUACUCGGAGAUUUAGCAUCUUCGUCAACAACAUCAACGUUUGAAGCGCAAUUAAUCACAACUCAAUGUAAUAACUCUUCUGCGACGUUAAACACGUCAUCGGCUUCUUCUGAUUAUGCUGUUACCAAUAUGGAUACAUCGCAAAUUACGCAGCAAUCAAAGAAACCUAGAAUUUCAGACUCAAACAUGCAUUUAGAAAGCUUUACAAUGCUAGAUGACAACUCAAGUCAAACAGAACACAAUUCACAAUCGGAAUUAACGAAUUUUUCAACAUUUGACUCAACAACAGCCUUUUUAUCAACAAAAACUGAUCAAAAUAUGAUGUUCACUGAUUUAAAUAUGUCGACCAAGUCAAUAAUGUCGGAUAGUGCAUCCCUAGAGCCAUUAACAUACUCAGAUUCAAUGCCGUUGUCCGAAGCAACCACAAUCCUAGAACUUACUUCUUCAUCACAGCCAACUAGUUCAUCAGAAGCAACUGCAUUUUCAGAAUCCAAUAAUAACGCUACACUUAUACAAAGCUCUUCUGGAAAGAAAAAACGUAACAGUGGUGGCAAAUCACGUGGUCAAAGACCAACUGAUUCUGAAAUUUUAAAUUUAGAAGGAGAUUUUGAUAUGUGCUGUGAAAACAAAAAUUUCAAGUGCACACUUUGUCAACGAGUUUAUGAUUCAUGGACGAAAUUUCGCAAGCAUAAUGAAUGUCAUGCUUUGAGGCCUCAUCAAUGUCCCAUUUGUCCAUGCAAUUUUAAAACAGAUGAAGAGCUCUUUGAACAUAAAGCAGCCCACGAAAGAUCUGAAAAAAACUUCUCCUGCGAAAUAUGCAACAGAGUUUUCAUAUCUAAAUCACGCUUAAAAGCACAUAUGUUAACAGUACAUAAUGAGGAGAGAGAAUAUAAAUGUGAAUACUGCCCCUCCGCUUUUAAAACUAAAAGCCGACUUGUUGAUCAUACCCGAUGUCAUACAGGUGAAAAACCAAUAAAAUGCCAUUAUUGUGAUGAACAUUUUUCAAGAGCUGCUUACCGUUUAAAACACGAACGAGCUUUACAUCUUGAGUUGUUGGAAAUUGACUUAAAAAACAAAGAAGGCAAAAAAGAAAAAAAGAAUUAAACGAAAAGUAACGUGUAUUGUAAAAUUUGCUUCAAAUAUUUUUAAAUACACUAAUAUCUUAAAAAUGAUAAAUUAAUAAGUACAUAACUGUUAUUAUGAAGAUAUGUAUAAAUAUUAAUUUGUUCUGUUAAUCUGUUUUAUACUAACAGUAAUUUAGCAAACAUAAAAAAAGUAAAGAAAAUUAAACAUAAUUAAAUUCAAUGGUGGCUUAAUCAGUAGAUACUCCAAUGUACACAAAAAAUUACAUACAUGAACAGCAUUCAUUUAAACAUUUAACAUAAAUUCUUUCUACUUUCUUCAAAAAAUUAAUUUUUCUGAAUUUCAGUUCAAUUUUUGCGGAAAUACAUACAUAUGGUAUCAAUUUGUUGCAUACGUAUGUAUAUUGAAAGAUUUAGAAUAUUUGAAUUGUAUGUAAUUAAUAACAUAUUGAAAUAUGUAUAGUAAAAUAUUAUUAAAUAAGUUUAAUAUCUAAAAAAGGAAUUAACAACAGAAACAUGCAUCAAUAUUAAUAAAAAUGUAUAUAAAUAUACUUUGAAAAUAUCAAAAAUUAUAUAAUAGGCAUAAAUUCUGCAUUUCUACAAAAAAUGUUUUCAUAAUAGAACAGCAAUUUUGCAACAAAAAUAUAUUGCAUCAGUUAAAGUCAAUCUAAAUAAAUAAUUAAAAAAAGCAGUAUUUGUGAAUAUCAGUAAGAAAUAAUAGUUUUGAAUGUUUAGUUUUUCACUGCAAGGUAACACAGAAACAAUUUAAUUUUAAAUAAAAAAGAUUAUAACUAUUUCAAAGAUAGUUAUUGUACUCCCAGUAAAGAGCAGAAACCCGAUAGCAUACUAAAGCAAAAUUCAACUUUUGCAUUCACAAUGUAUAACAGUUUAUAUGCUAUUCUGACAAAAAAUAUAUUACAAUAUAUUAUGUAAUAUAUUUUUUCUAUUGUGUUCUAUUGUCGUUGUUAUCAUAAAUAUUAAAUUUAUUAUUUAUUAGAAAAACUUCAGAUUUUGGUUAAUUUUCGAUAAUUAUCCUAAUUUAAAAGAAUUAUUUUUUUUACUAUCUUAACUCAAAAUCACAAAGUAUCAUAAUUGUACAUAUUAAUUCAAUACCAUUUAUAUGCUUGUAUAACUUAACAAUAUAUACAAUUUGAACACAAAAAAAACUAUUGCA